CUCCUACAUUCAACAUAAAAAUUAGUCAACAUUCCAGUACAACAGUUCCAAUAAACAUUGAACUUCUUUAUUGACAGCUCUAAUGCGAUUUGGUCUUCUUCUACCUUCGGUAACUCCGUCUCUAUGCUGCUUUCUUCCUCCGAUCGGCGGUUCGAUUCUCCAAACCGUCUACUCCUGUUGUUUCAGUACCAUCGCUCAUUGAUUCUCUUCUCGCCAGUUCUCGGAGAAGGUGUUGUGUCAUUUUACAAUGACUUUUUGGAAUCUCUACAAGAGUUUCUUGAUGGAAAUGCAUCUAUAACGGCUAUUGGGCAAAUAUCUCACACGAGCAAGGACUGGGAAUCUGGGAGACUGUUUUCGCUGCAAGAACAAAUCGAUCAUAAAAUUCAUUUUAUCAAACAGGAGUUGGAGAGCGUGAAAGUUCCAAUAAUACUGGAAGUGCUCGGAGAAGUCUUGGUAGGAUCUGUACCAAAAGGCACACAGUUUGAUGCACGUCAGUUCGACCAGAAGUUGAACGAAGUACUUGAGGGACAAGAUGAGUUCUUCACCUCUUAUAAUGAUGUUCACGAGAGCUUUGAUGCCAUGGGUCUUCAGGAGAACCUUCUCAGAGGGAUCUAUGCUUAUGGUCUUGAUGUGAUCCAACAGGCUCAGUCCGUGUACCGGGAAGACCGCAACUUUCUGCUCUGGCGUCUUGCAGCAGCUAGGCUGGCUCACAGACAAAAUGAGAGGCCG